AUCACUUUUACUUUAUAAGUAAUUUUGUGCUGUUCCUUUUUUUUUUACAGCCAUUGAUUAUUAUUAUUCCUAAAGAAAAUGAAGAUAAUUAUAUAUUUUGGCAUUUGGGCAGUAGCAUGGGCCAUUCCAGUUCCUCAGAGCAAACCACUGGAGAGACACGUUGUUGAAAAAUCUGUGAAUUUACCUCUCUUAGCGAGAUCAAAAGUGUCAGUACAGGAUGAGUUAAAUGCCAAUGGAACCACUAAAGAAACUGGUGUCCCCAUGCUUGAAAGUGAAAAAGGAAGGCAAGAGCAUACCCAAGAUGGUCACAAGGGAGAAGAGAAUGGCUCUGAGUGGGCAGAAGUAGGAGGGAAGAGUUUUUCUAUAUAUUCCACAUUAGCAAAUGAAGAGGGGAAUAUUGAGGGUUGGAAUGGGGACAUAGGAAAAGCAGAAACAUAUGGUCAUGAUGGAAUACAUGGGAAAGAAGAAAACACCACAGCAAACAGCAUCCAGGGACAAGUAAGCAUCAUUGACAAUGCCGGAGCCACAAACAGAAGCAACAAUAGUGGAAAUACUGAUAAGAAAACCCAAAAUGGGGAUGUUGGUGAUGCAGGUCAUAAUGAGGAUGCUGCUGUUGUCCAGGAAGAUGGACCUCAAGUAGCUGGAAGCAAUAACAGUACAGACAAUGAGGAUGAAAUAAUUGAGAACUCCUGUAGAAAUGAGGGUACUACGAGUGAAAUAACACCUCAGAUCAACAGCGAGAGAAAUGGGACUCAGGAGGCUGAGGUGACACCAGGCACUGGAGAAGAUGAUGGCCUGGAUAAUUCUGACGGGAGUCCUAGUGGGAAUGGAACAGAUGAGGAUGAAGACAAGGGCUCUGGUGAUGAUGAAGAUGAAGAAGCAGGGUAUGAAAAAGACAGCAGUGAUAACAGCAAGGGCCAGGAGGGCCAGGACCAUGGGAAAGAUGGUAAUAGUAGCAUAGGUCAAAAUUCAGAUAGUAGUGAAGAUUAUGACCCUGAAGGCAAAGAAGACCCCCAUAAUGACAGUGAGGGAGACAACACCUCCAAGAGUGAGGAGAAUUCUGCUGGUAUUCCAGAAGACAAUGGCAGCCAAAGAAUAGAGGACACCCAGCAGCUCAACCACAUAGAAAGCAAAGGUGUAGAAAAUGGAAUCACCAAAGAAUCAGAGCAGCAUGCUGUUGGGAAGACCCAAGAUACGGGAAUAGAAAUCAAAGGUCCCAGUAGUGGCAACAGAAAUAUUACCAAAGAAGCUGUGAAGGCCAACGAAGAUAAAGAGAAUAAAGGACAACACGGAGUGAUCUUGGGCAAAGGAAAUGUGAAGACACAAGGGGAGGUUGACAACAUAGAAGUACCUGGCCAGAAAUCGGGACCAGGAAAUAAAGUUGAACACAGCAACACAGGUAGUGACAGCAAGAGUGAUGGUUAUGACAGUUAUGAUUUCGAUGAUGAGUCCAUGCAAGGAGAUGAUCCCGACAGCAGUGAUGAAUCUAACGGCAAUGAUGAUGCUAAUUCAGAAAGUAACAAUAACAGCAAUAGUCAAGGUGAUGCUUCUUAUAACUCUGAUGAAUCAAAAGAUAAUGGCAAUGGCAGUGACUCAAAAGGAGAAGAUGAUGACCGUGAUAGCACAUCAGACGCUAAUGAUAGUGACAGUAAUGGCAAUGGUAACAAUGGGAAUAAUGACAAUGGCAAAUCAGACGGAGGCAAAGGCAAAUCAAAUAGCAGUGAUAGUAAUGACAGCAGUGACAGUAGCGACAGCAGUGACAGUAGCGACAGCAGUGACAGUAGUGACAGCAGUAACAGUAGUGACAGUGACAGCAGUGACAGUGAUAGUAGUGAGAGCAGCAAUAGCAGUGAUAGUAGUGAUAGCAGUGACAGCAGUGACAGUGCUAGCAGUGAGAGCAGCAGUAGCACUGACAGUAGUAAUAGUGACAGCAGUGACAGUGACAGCAGUGAUAGUAGUAAUAGCAGUGACAGUAGUGACAGCAGUGAUAGCAGCGACAGUGAUAGUAGUAAUAGCAGUGACAGUAGUGACAGCAGUGAUAGCAGUGACAGUGAUAGUAGUAAUAGCAGUGACAGUAGUGACAGCAGUGAUAGCAGCGACAGUGAUAGUAGUGAUAGUGAUAGCAGUGACAGUAGUGACAGCAGUGAUAGCAGCGACAGUGAUAGUAGUGAUAGUGAUAGCAGUGACAGUAGUGACAGCAGUGACAGUGAUAGUAGUGAUAGCAAGUCAGACAAUAGCAAAUCAGGUAGCAGUGACAGCAGUGAUAGUGACAGUAAGUCAGACAGCAGUGACAGCAGCAGUAGCAGUGACAGCAGCAACAGCAGUGAGAGUGACAGCAGUGAUAGUAGUGACAGCAGUGAUAGCAGUGACAGCAGUGAUAGUGACAGCAAUGAUAGUAGUGACAGCAAUAGCAGUGACAGCAGCAAUAGCAGUGACAGCAGCAAUAGUAGUGACAGCAGUGACAGCAGCGAUAGUGACAGUAGUGAUAGCAAUGACAGCAGCAAAAGCAGCGACAGCAGCAAUAGCAGUGACAGCAGCGACAGCAGUGACAGCAGCGAUAGUGACAGUAGUGAUAGCAGCGACAGCAGUGACAGCAACAACAGCAGCAAAAGCAGUGACAGCAGUGAUAGCAGUGACAGUAGUGAUAGUGACAGCAGUGACAGCAGCGAUAGCAGUGAUAGCAGUGACAGCAGUGACAGCAGCGAUAGCAGUGACCGCAGCAAUAGCAGUGACAGCAGCGAUAGCAGUGAUAGCAGCGACAGCAGUGAUAGCAGUGACAGCAGCGAUAGCAGUGACAGCAGUGAUAGCAACAGCAGUGACAGCAGCAAUAGCAGUGACAGUAGUGAUAGCAGCGACAGUAGUGACAGUAGUGAUAGUGACAGCAGUGACAGCAGCGAUAGCAGUGACAGCAGUGAUAGCAGUGACAGCAGCAAUAGCAGUGACAGUAGUGACAGUAGUGAUAGCAGCGACAGCAGUGACAGUAGUGAUAGUGACAGCAGUGACAGCAGCGACAGCAGUGACAGCAGUGAUAGCAGUGAUAGCAACAGCAGUGAUAGCAGUGACAGCAGCGAUAGCAGCAACAGCAGUGAUAGUAGCGACAGCAGUGACAGCAGUGAUAGCAACAGCAGUGACAGCAGCAAUAGCAGUGACAGCAGCGAUAGCAGUGACAGUAGUGAUAGCGACAGCAGCAACAGUAGCGACAGCAGUGACAGCAGCGAUAGCAGCGACAGCACAUCUGACAGCAGUGAUGAGAAUGACAGCCAGAGCAAAUCUGGAAAUAGCAACAACAAUGGAAGUGACAAUGACAGUAGUGACAGUGAAGGCAGUGACAGUAACCACUCAACUAGUGAUGAUUAGAACAAAAGAAAAACCCACAAGAUUCCUUUUGUAAAAGUUUGGUAAUGGAUAAGAAAAAAGAUUUCCAAGAAAGUAAAGAAAUCGGAGAAAUAAACAGGAGAUGUAUGUAAACAUCCACAAAAACAACUAGGAGAAUAAAGUCAAACAGUUGGAAUCAGAACCAAGGCCUAACUCCUGCAGAGAGAGACUCUGAAUGCAUGACCUUUGGUACAUGCCUGUUAAUAUUCAUGUUCUGAAAAUAUUUUGUUAAAAGUGUAAAUCUAAACCUAAAAGAACAAUUAAAAUAUUCUUUAAUACUUCACGCAGAAACCUCAAGUAAUCACUACAUGAUAACUUCAAUUUAAGUGCUGUGUGCUUCAGAGAAUGUAGCAGGUGAACACAUCUUAAAAGCAACCUAUGGCAUUGCCUUAGGUCGCCAUAGUUACAUAUUCUGAAGAGGUGAUCUGCUUACUGCUGAGUAAAAGAUGUUGUUCCGUGAUAGCCAACUUGGCUUCAGAUUCAGUUGCUUGUUCUAUGGAAGAAAUGCAUUUGCUACAUGAAAAAUAUUGCAGCUACUAUUCAACCUGUCUGGGCCAUGGGAAUAAACUUUCUAACAAUCAAAUAGAGUAGUUAUAAAUCACCGAAAUUUUAAAGAGUGCUAGUCAGGAAAGAGCUCAGAGAUGAGUUGGUAUAUAAAAUCUAAUCUAAAAAAAAAAAAAAAAUCUCAGCAAACCACAGGAAAUUUAGCACAAAGUCCCGAAUACUAUUGGCAAAUCUGAUGCAGUGCUUAGAACAGUGUCUUACUCCCAGGAGCCACUCCAAAUAUUAACCAGUAAAUGACACAUGUAUGACUCUGGAGAAGCAUCACUUUUUUUUUUGAAUUGGAUAUUUUGGAAUUUAUUUAUAAGCU